UCGCAUGAUGAUAAUGUUCGUUUUUCUUUCUUUUCAGAGAGUUACACUCUUCGAAUUUGGUGAAAUCAAUGCGUAGAAAGUGAAUCCAUCCAUUGACAUUACGCAAAAAGUUUUUUUUUUUGGGAGGAAAAGUGAAAAGUGUUGUGGAAAAUACCAAUUGACAAAUCCAAAAAGAGAAAAAAACUCAAAACUUUAGAUUGAUUGUGAUUGCCGUUGCGUGCAGGAGCGGAGCAGAGAUUGCUGGCUUUAAUUGCCAGCUGGAUUUUGGAGAGACCAACAUCGGGCCACCUGCUGCCGGCUAAAUAGACCAGAGAUCAGUGCGAGCGGCCAACGUAUGCGGCUAAUCCAAACAGCAACGGGCGGUACUGCUGCGACUGUUCUAUUGGGAGAGUCGCAGUACAACUAUACCAACAUGCGUGAAGAUGACAUCGAGUUGGCCAUUAAGGUGGUCAUCGUAGGCAAUGGAGGCGUUGGUAAAUCUUCAAUGAUUCAACGCUACUGCAAAGGAAUUUUUACCAAGGAUUACAAAAAGACCAUUGGAGUGGAUUUUUUAGAGCGGCAGAUUGAAAUCGAUGGCGAGGAUGUUCGCAUUAUGCUGUGGGACACAGCCGGGCAGGAGGAAUUCGAUUGUAUAACAAAAGCAUACUAUAGGGGAGCACAAGCAUCCGUGUUGGUCUUCUCCACCACAGAUCGUGCUUCAUUCGAGGCAAUAAAAGACUGGAAGCGAAAGGUUGAGAACGAAUGCAAUGAGAUACCCACAGUGAUUGUGCAAAACAAGAUAGAUCUCAUUGAGCAGGCUGUGGUCACUGCCGAUGAGGUGGAGACUCUGGCUAAGAUGUUAAAUUGUCGUCUAAUACGAACCUCUGUUAAGGAAGACAUCAAUGUGGCUUCCGUGUUUAGAUAUUUGGCCACCAAAUGUCAUCAGCUGAUGACACAGAGCUAUGACCAAGCAUCUGGUGGCACGGGUAACCAACAGCAAUCGUCCACCCAUCCGCCCUACAGUAGCACGCCCACAAUUAGUGCAUUUAGUCCAACAUUCACCAAGUCGAGCAGCGGCACAAUUGUGUUGCGUCCGGCUAAAAAGGGGAGCGGCAGCGGUUCAAGUGCGGCGCGAAAGCGCAAAAUUGUGCUCAAAAAGUGCGGUAUAUUGUGAUGAGGUGAUCGACGGGAGCAGCGAACGGGAUGUUGGCAAUUAAUAACUGGAGCAUAUUUAACGCUUAAUUAUUUUAAGAGCCUAAUGAAGUCGUAGCCAUGACGUAGCCAGGCAGCCAAGCGUUGGAUGCAACCACAGUCACUAGUCGUGCACAGACUCUGCAUGAUGUGGCCUAGACAAGCUGCUGCAACUACAGAGAGCAUAAGCAAACCUAAACAUUUAGAAAUGUCCGAUAUAGCCGGACAUCUAAAUACUCUUGGAUAUUCUAAAGAAAUACCAUUUCUCAAAUAUCACAAUACCCCCUUUCAUUAAAGGGUACUCAUCAAAAUAUACACAAAACAACGGAGAAGAAUUAUUAAUAUGCAUUAAUUAAAUGCACAUACUGAAAAUUUUAGCCUAAUUAGCAGAUAGAUAAAGCAACAUUGUAUGUAUUUAUGCCCACUUAUGAUUAACGGAGACUGAUGCAGCAUUGCUUCUUAUAUCGUAUUUGUAUGUACAUAUAUACUCGUAUCGUACCCACUCAUCUAUCUAUCUAUAUAUAUUUGUAUGUAUACAACUAGUCUAUAAGCAUUGCCCUCUUGCCUAACACAAAAAAAAUAUAAUAAUAACCGACCAAUUCUAAAGGCUUUUUGGCACGCUAACCACGCCCAUAUAUCAUGUGAAAUCCUUUCACCAAUUAGCCUUGGCAAAAUGUGCAAUUAAUUUAUUCGACUUAUAUAAUUAUUAACUAAUUGCUAGGCAUGUCAAUGCGCUAUUAUGUAGACCACUUAAUAAAAUUUUAAUCGUAUCCGAAAUGUUUUGGCGAAAGGCAAAAAUAAAAAUACUUUAAAU